AUGCUGCGACCUGUCGGGCGCGCGCUGGCGCAGUGCAGAUAUGCGUCGAGCAGUGCAAAAGGAAAAAGCAGCGUUCCGCUGUCUUCUGCAUUGAUGGUUACGCGAGCGCCAGUGCUGCAGCGGGACCCCACCGCCUUUGAGCGCGAGUAUUACCGUUUCAAUGUAGAGCUGGCCAACCGACUGCAGCAGCCAUUUCCGCGCGACCUAUACUUUAAAAAAGGAUCUGCAGCUGGCGCACGUUUUGACGAGUAUUACACUGCGCUGCAAAAAACAUGGGAGGUUAAGCCAGAGACAAAAGGCCUUGCGAAUGACGCAGGCAAAGGCGUUGCCUCCUCUGAGUCAGACUCCACCCUCUACCAAACACUUCCCCGCACCACAGAAGCGGACAAAAAUCACGAUACACACAGCCUCGAGCGCGCGCUGGACCGGACACUCUACCUAGUUGUCUCCACAAAAGGCGCUCAAGCACCCAAGUGGGCUUUUCCUGCCCAGCGUUUGCCCGACCAACGCACAAGCAUAGAUACGUUGCACGGCACGGCAAUGAACGGUGUCUUGGAGACGUUCGGUGAUACCAUGGAUUUAUGGCUUACAUACAUUCUUCGCGCGCGCAUCCUUGCUGGAAAACCCGCGCCUGCGUCCAAGGACGUAGAUUUUGCGUGGCUUACCAAGGAGGAAAUCCAGCAGCGCCUUGCCGAUGAUGGCAGCCAAGAGUCGAGCCAGUACUGGGAAAAGAUUGAGGGUCUCUUGGACCCCUAG